GCGGCCGGUUUACCUCCGGCCUUGUCUCUCCAUGAAAGAGCCGGAGGUAAACAGACCCUUAUCUUUCUACCCACCAUCUCCAAACCUUGUUGAACGACGUCUCUAAUGAAAUAAGGCCGGAGGUGUGUUCGAUGGUCUAGCAUUUAUAGUAUCGCGACUUGACAAGCAUUGACAACUUUACCCACACAACGUUUGAUAUCCUCACUUAUACACCAACGCAAUCAUGCAUCUCGGGCUCGAAGGAAAGGUUGUGCUGAUAACAGGAGGCACGAAAGGCAUCGGCCGCUCAAUGGUGAAAGCUUUCCUUGAAGAAGGUGCAAUCGUCCACUUCUGCUCUCGAACCAAAGCCGACAUCGACAAUGCAAACUCCAAUCUGACGAAGCAAUUCCCAUCUACCAAGGCUAUCGGGACGGUGGUCGACGUCUCCAACAUCGAUCAGCUCCGCUCAUGGGUCUCCUCCUGCGCCACGGAAAGCGGCCGCAUCGAUGUCGUCGUCCCGAAUGUUUCUUGCUUCGCAAUGCAAAACACUGCGGAGGAUUGGCAAGCUGCCUUUCAGACUGACAUGUUUUCGCUCUGGAGUAUGAUCGACGCUGCCCUCCCGCAUUUGGAAAAGACCAAGGGCAACGUUGUCACGAUCUCCUCCGUCUCCGGCCGCGACAUAGAUUUGACUGCCCCGAGUCCAUAUGGAGCGAUCAAGGCGGCAGUCGUGCAUUACACGGCGCAGUUGGCACACCAAAUGGCGCCGAAGGGUGUCAGGGCGAACACGUGCUCGCCUGGGAACAUCUACAUCGAGGAUGGCGUAUGGGGGCAAAUGGAACGAGCGCAUCCGGAGGUGUUCAAGGGGCAGAUGGAUCUUAAUCCUAUGGGCAGAAUGGGCAAGCCUGAGGAGAUUGCAGAUGCAGUGCUAUUUCUUGCAAGUCAGAGAGCAAGUUUUGUAAGUGGCGUGAACUUUGUAGUCGAUGGAUCGUUGUGUACCGGUGUUCAGCUCUAAAAAGGCAGCAGUUACGCAGAGCGAACUACACAGUAUCAGUGUCAGCACUGAGCAGCGGGAUUCACCAUAGAGGCCAUGACCUGUAUGCACAGUCUAUUUGCGUCCGUGACCACAGUACC